GUGAUGGCCUUGGGCGGCGUUUACUUCGGCGUCUCGCACGAUGAGCCGGCGUUCGAUGCGCACCUCGCCGCUCGCAUCACCGUAGUCUGCAAGGUCAUCUUCACUAUCGGUUUCUCUCUCGGUCUCGGUCCGGCGUCCUGGGCUCUCGCCGUCGAACUGGCACCGCUACGUAACAACGGGUUCGAGUUCGGAAGCGUGUGCGCUUUCCAUUGGGCCUCGGCGCUCGCCAUCAUCAGCAUGUUCAGCAUCGUGGGCACCACGACUGCGUCACUGGCCCUGCUGGUCUUCUUAUCCGCCGCCGUUACGUUCGCGGGCGGCAUGACCGCCUUAAAGCUACUGCCGGACACGCGAUGCGUCAGCCUCGAGGGAAUCCUACUGCGAGGCCAGGCUGAAGGGACCACCCGCAGGGCGUCGGACAUUAUGGAUGCGCUCAAACCACCCGACGCACUGCAGCAGAUGACCAAGACAGAACAUGAAGACCACAAGGCACUGCGAGGCGAACACAAAAGGCACCAGCACAAAGAGGAAGCGCACCAUUCGGCUGGCCGAUUGUCCGCUACGAGCGCCUCCAAGUCAAAGGCCAAAGCUCACGCUAAGUCUACGGCCAAGCCUCAAGCAACGGCAGAACCUAGAGCUAAGCCCGAGGCCAGGGCUAAAGAUGGCGCUGUGGAAGCGGUUGCGUCCCGUGAGGCUGAGGUUAAGUCCGGCAUGCUGAGGACGGAAACGCCCGUCGUUUCGCCCGUUGAAGAAGCUCCGGAGAAGCAGGAAAUUUCAGGCAGCGACGAGGAAGAGCAACCGUAGGCGCCUCUCGCUCGUACAGCAUGGCGCCGGACGUUCGAGGUGUCAGCUCGGUUGGCGAGUGACACGAGACAAUUGCUCCAAGACGCUGGACGGUGGCUGUGUGAGAUGCGGCGCAU